UGAAGUUUAAGGAAACCAAUUCCGUAUCGCGGCCGCUUCCUCAUCGCAUUCCGAGCCAGUUCCGAAUGGCUCUCACCCACCCAGCUUGUCAAGACCCUUAUUAGCUGAUGGCGUCAACAACAGCUGGAAUAUGCAUAACGCGAUCGAUGACAAAUUGCGGGGGACUCAAUGACAAAGUGCGGAGACAAACAGCGCCUUCGGCUCCCACAUGCAAUUGCAAGCUGACCAAGACAAGCUGAAGAAUCUCAUGAAGUGAACUUGUCUUCUCUUCUCGCUGGUUAAACAAAGCAACUUGCUCUUGUGCAAAUCGAAAGUUCAACAGGUCUGGCAAAUACCGGUACAGCUUCAUUCGAGAUCCUAUCAAUUCACCUGAACGAUGGCCUCAGCGACAUCCUUCCGCCAAAUCGUCGGCGCCCCGCCCUCGACGGCCUCACCCACCGACAGCACGCUCAUCAUCAUCGACGCCCAAAACGAGUACGCAGAAGGCAAACUCGCCGUCCGGGACGUCGCCUCCUCGCGCAAGGUCAUCGCCGCCCUGCUCCAAAAGUACCGCGACGCCGGUCAGCCCAGCAGCAUCGUGCACGUCGUCCACGACACGCCCGAAGGCGCUCCCCUCUUCACCCCCGGGACCAAGCUGGCCGAAGAAUUCGACGAGCUGAAGCCUAAGGAUGGUGAAAAGGUGGUGAGGAAGCAGUUCCCUGGUUCCUUUGCGGGGACGGAUUUGCAGGCGCAUUUGGAGGGAUUGGGAGCGAGGGGGAAGAAGGUUGUGUUGACUGGGUACAUGGCUCACGUUUGCGUGUCUACUACCGCGAGACAAGCUGACCAGCGUGGGUUUGACGUUCUGGUGGCUGAGGAUGCGGUCGGCGAUCGUGAUAUUCCUGGCGUCGAUGCGGCGCAGCUCGUCAAGGUUGCUUUGAGUGAGAUUGGUGAUGCUUUUGGCACCAUUGUGCAGAGCAAGGACAUUGCUUAGUUAUGUUGAAGAACUGAAGUGUAAUACGAAGUUAUUCGAUCAACCUGAAUACUACUUUGCCCAAGAUUACACCUUACGUAUAUUAAGUAAUAACUUGAGAAAGUCACAAGCAAAUGCAUUGUGACAGACGAGCAGCCCAAGCAACGAUUGGAAAUGGAACAGUCAGGUUUAAGACGUGCAGUUCAAUGGAC